CCAAGGGACUGGAGAGGCUGCUACCAGACUUCUAUUUUCUUCUUCAAGGUUAUUAUCAGAUUGAGAUAGCUUUAGAAGAUCAGGAAAAGACUACUUUUACAUGUCCUUUUGGUACUUAUGCUUUUCAUAGAAUGCCAUUUGGUUUAUGUAAUGGUCCAGCCACUUUUCAACGUUGUGUGCUUAGCAUAUUUUCUGAAUUGGUUGAGGAAAUAAUGGAAGUUUUUGUGGAUGACUUGACUGUUUUUGGUGAUUCUUUUGAUUCAUGCCUAUUUAAUUUGAAAACUGUUUUAAUUAGGUGUGAGGAAAAAGGACUUGUGCUUAAUUGGGAAAAAUGUCAUUUCAUGGUGUCGUCAGGUAUUGUUUUGGGACAUAUUGUGUCUGAAAGAGGAAUAGAGGUUGACAGGGCAAAAAUGGAGUUGAUCUCUAAAUUACCUACACCCAAAACAGUAAAAGAUGUUCGGUCUUUUCUUGGACAUGCUGGUUUUUAUAGGAGGUUCAUUAAAAAUUUUUCAGCCAUAGCUCAACCUUUGUGUAACCUCCUAGCCAAAGAUGUUGAGUUUAAUUGGACUCCUAAAUGUGAAGAAGCUUUUCGAACCCUUGUCACCAAAUUAACUACCGCACCGAUCAUACAAUCACCAGAUUGGAGUCUUUCAUUUGAAGUUAUGUGUGAUGCUAGUAACCAUGCUGUAGGAGCAGUUUUAGGCCAAAGAAGGGAAGGGAAGCCAUUUGUUGUAUAUUAUGCUAGUAGAACUCUUAAUAGUGCUCAGAGGAAUUAUUCUACAACUGAAAAAGAGUUACUAGCUGUUGUUUUUGCGUUAGAUAAAUUCCGUUCUUAUCUCAUUGGUUCACCUAUUACUGUGUUUACUGACCAUUCAGCUCUUAAGUACCUUAUAUCUAAGAAGGAUGCUAAAGCUCGUUUGAUUAAGUGGAUUUUACUUUUGCAGGAAUUUGAUCUCACAAUUAAAGACAAGAAGGGUGUUGAAAAUGUGGUGGCUGAUCAUUUGUCUCGAUUGGAGCUUAAUGACUCCAAUAUUGAAAGUUCACCAAUUCGAGAUGACUUCCCUGAUGAACACUUGCUCACUGUUAGCCAAGUUCCAUGGUAUGCUCACAUUGUUAACUACUUGGUUUCUAGUGAAAUUCCAUUGGAUUGGAGUGCACAAGAUAAGCCUUGUGGUGGCCAUUUUUCGAUGAAGAAAACUGCUGCAAAAAUUUUGCAAUGUGGAUUCUAUUGGCCUACUUUGUUUAAGGAUACUAAUUCUUUUUGUCGUUCCUGUGAUAGGUGUCAAAAGUUAGGUGCAUUAACUCGUCGUCACAUGAUGCCUCUUAACCCAAUUCUAGUCAUUGAGAUUUUUGAUUGUUGGGGUAUUGAUUUCAUGGGACCAUUUCCAUCUUCUUUUGGUUACCUUUAUAUUCUUCUUGCUGUUGAUUAUGUGUCUAAAUGGGUUGAGGCUGUACCUUGCCGUACCAAUGAUAACAAAGUAGUUGUUAAGUUCUUGAAAGAAAAUGUGUUAUCUAGGUAUGGUGUUAUUCACAAGGUGUCAACCGCUUACCAUCCACAGACUAAUGGACAAGUUGAAUUAGCCAAUAGGGAGGUAAAACAAAUUUUAGAGAAAACGGUAAACCCAAACCGCAAAGAUUGGUCUUUGCGCCUUUCAGAUGCACUGUGGGCAUAUUGCACUGCCUAUAAGACUAUUCUUGGGAUGUCUCCACAUCGGCUUGUAUAUGGGAAAGCAUGUCAUUUGCCUGUGGAACUUGAACAUAAAGCUUAUUGGGCUACUAAAGCACUUAAUUUUGAUUUGAAUGCUGCAGGUACCCAAAGGAAGUUACAAAUAUCAGAGAUAGAAGAAUUGAGGAAUGAUGCAUAUGAUAACUCUAGGAUCUACAAGGCUAAAUUGAAAGCAGCUCAUGACAAGCAGAUCCUAAGGAAGAACUUUGAGCCAAAUCAAAAAGUGCAUCUUUAUGAUUCUCGGUUGCACCUUCAUCCAGGAAAGUUAAGGUCUCGAUGGACAGGGCCAUUUGUGGUGAAACAGGUUUUCCCUAAUGGUGCGGUUGAGAUUGAGGAUCUAAUCGAUGGGAGAAAUUUUCGAGUUAAUGGACAAUGAUUGAAGCAGUAUGUGGAGCGAGUAGACCAACCUGAGGAGAUCACUCUCGUGACUCCAAUCUAUGAGACAUAAUCAGGUUUUAUCUUUCCAGACUAUCAUUUGUUUUUCUUAUUUUCUUUUAGUAGUUUUUUUUUAUAGUUUUUUUUAGGUUUCCUUCCCUAGUUAUUAAAUUUUAGGGUUGCCU